AUGGCUUCGAACGGACACAAAAAGACCUACAAUGUCCCCGCUCAAGACCCUGAACGGGUCCACGGCAACCACAUCAACGGCACCGCCGAGGAGAUACUAGCAAGGCAGUGCAUAGUUGAGCUCUGCAAGGGCUGGCCAGUAUAUAGAGACUUUUCGGAAUGGCAUAACUUCCGCAGUCUGUUCACUCGAGGCAGCGCGUAUGUCUGGACUGCCUGGUCCGGCCCGCUGCCAAUCGAUGAAUUCAUUUCGGCCUGUAUUCAGGGCCGCGCGCAUGGUGAUUUCAUCGCGCACAGGGAAACUGGUACUCUCGCCAACGUCAACCUCAACGUGGGUCGAGGAAUAGGCAAGAUGAAGGCGACGGUCACGCAGAGGUUUACUAUCCAGGAUAUCCCCGUUGAUAUUGACUGUGACUGUCGCUUUAUCUUCUUCUGUCGGUUGGAGGACGGAGAUUGGAAGGUGCAGUAUGCCAGGGUAUUCUACGAGAAAGACAAGGUUGUGCCUGUGGAUGGAAAAACUGUUCCGGAGUUUCCGAAGGAUGUGUUGGCUCGAUAUACAUCUGGGUAUCAGUAUUUAGCUGCUGCACAGCAUGCGCUGGGGCAUGAGGUCUUGGAGAAUUUGCCUGAUGCUUGCAAUGAGGGCUUCUUCAAGAUGUAUGAUGCGAUGGCGGACUGGCUUGAGGGAAAACAGGUUGAUCUAUUUUGGGACAAGAAAUAGUUAAGGUUAAAAUACUUGGUUAGCAUACUUUGCAGGACUAGGUUGGCCCGAUCAUGUAUAUAAUAUCAGCACUAUUGAACUAACUUCAUUGGAAUUGAUGCGUCUGCAUUAACGACUACACACGGCGGCAAAGACCAUGUAUCUGAGCAGAAAUAUACAGCUGGC